UUCCUCUGCCUGCCCCCUCCACCCGUGACAUCACCCUCGCCUUGUCCAGAGGAGACUUCAAAGUCUCUCAGAUUUAAACUGCUAAGCUCACUGCUGCCGCUGCCACUGGAUUGGAAGUGUGUCCCAAGGCUCGGCCAUCACCACCACCUGCAGACCCAGCUAGAUUGGCUCUGGGACCUCCCUGUUAAUUGAACCCCUGGGUCCAUGUGCGCUCAGCUUCCUCCAGCUUCAACCCUCUUCUUCUCUCCUAUUGCCUGCCAGAUUUGUUAUUUCUGCACAUUCUCCAGCCAAAUUAAAUCAACCAACAGAAAACAGGGCACCCCCCACCCAAGAAGCGGCAUCUUUUACCUAGCUCUCCCUCUUUUUCUGAAGAUGUUAAACUACUGGCAGACUACAGACAAGAGGGGUCCCAUCUUCUCCUGAUGUGUACCUGAGCUGACACCAACGGUGCCUAAAGAUGCUGAGCAGCGUUUGGUUCAUCAGUGUGUUAACCAUGGCCGGGUUCUUACAGACAGAGAGUCGCAAGACUGCCAAAGACAUUUGCAAGAUCCGCUGCCUGUGCGAAGAGAAGGAAAAUGUACUGAAUAUUAAUUGCGAAAACAAAGGAUUUACAACUGUCAGCCUGCUCCAACCACCCCAGUAUCGAAUCUACCAGCUUUUCCUCAAUGGAAACCUUUUGACCAGACUGUAUCCCAAUGAGUUUGUCAAUUACUCCAAUGCAGUGACUCUCCACCUAGGUAACAAUGGGUUGCUGGAGAUCCGAACCGGGGCAUUUAGUGGCCUAAAAAUGCUCAAGAGACUGCAUCUUAACAACAACAAGCUCGAGGUGCUGAGGGAGGACACCUUUGUGGGCUUGGAAAGCCUGGAGUACCUCCAGGCUGACUACAAUUAUAUCAGUGCAAUCGAGGCAGGGACAUUCAGCAAACUGAAUAAACUCAAAGUACUCAUCCUGAAUGACAACCUUCUUCUGUCUCUGCCCAGCAAUGUGUUUCGGUUUGUCCUGCUGACCCACUUAGAUCUGAGAGGAAAUAGGCUGAAAGUAAUGCCUUUUGCUGGUGUCCUUGAACAUAUUGGAGGGAUCAUGGAGAUUCAGCUGGAGGAAAACCCAUGGAACUGCACUUGUGACUUACUUCCUCUCAAGGCUUGGCUGGACACCAUAACUGUUUUUGUGGGUGAGAUUGUUUGCGAAACUCCCUUUAGAUUGCAUGGGAAAGAUGUGACUCAACUGGCCAGGCAAGACCUCUGUCCCAGAAAAAGUACUGGUGACUCCAGUCAGAGGGGCAGCCAUGUUGACACACACAUCCAAAGGCUGUUGCCUACAGUGAAUCCUGCUCUCAACCCAACCAGGGCUCCAAAAGCCAGCCGACCACCCAAAAUGAGAAAUCGUCCAACUCCCCGGGUCACUGUGUCUAAGGACAGGCAGAGCUUUGGCCCGAUCAUGGUGUACCAGACCAAGUCCCCUGUGCCCUUAACCUGCCCCAGUAGCUGUGUGUGCACCUCUCAGAGCUCAGACAAUGGUCUAAAUGUAAACUGCCAAGAAAGGAAGUUCACUAAUAUAUCUGACCUGCAGCCCAAACCUACUAGUCCAAAAAAACUUUACCUGACAGGGAACUAUCUUCAAACUGUCUAUAAGAAAGACCUCUUAGAUUAUAGUUCUUUGGAUUUGUUACAUUUAGGAAACAACAGGAUUGCAGUCAUUCAGGAAGGUGCCUUCAGAAAUCUGACCAGUUUACGCAGACUUUAUCUGAAUGGCAAUUACCUUGAAGUUCUGUACCCUUCCAUGUUUGAUGGACUGCACAGCUUGCAGUAUCUCUAUUUAGAGUAUAAUGUUAUUAAGGAAAUCAAACCACUGACCUUCGAUGCUUUGAUUAACUUACAGCUACUGUUUUUGAAUAACAAUCUUCUUAGGUCCUUACCUGAUAACAUAUUUGGGGGCACAGCUCUCACCAGGCUGAAUCUGAGAAACAACCAUUUUUCUCACCUGCCUGUGAAAGGUGUUCUGGAUCAACUCCCAGCUUUUAUCCAGAUAGAUCUGCAAGAGAACCCGUGGGACUGCACCUGUGACAUCAUGGGGCUAAAGGACUGGACAGAACAUGCCAAUUCCCCUGUCAUCAUCAAUGAGGUGACCUGUGAGUCUCCAGCUAAGCAUGCAGGGGAGAUCCUGAAGUUUCUGGGGAGGGAGGCUAUCUGCCCAAACAGUCUGAACUUGUCAGAUGGAACGAUUCUAUCAAUCAAUCACAACACAAACACACCUCGGUUGCUUAGUGUAUCUCCCAGUUCCUAUCCUGAAUUACACACUGAGGUUCCACUUUCCAUCUUAAUUUUAGGAUUGCUUGUUGUCUUUAUUUUAUCUGUCUGUUUUGGGGCUGGUUUAUUUGUCUUUGUACUGAAACGCCGAAAGGGGGUGCCAAGUGUUCCGAGGACUGCCAACAACUUAGAUUUAAGCUCCUUUCAGUUACAGUAUGGGUCUUACAACAGUGAGACUCAAGAUAAAACAGAUGGCCAUGUCUAUAACUACAUCCCACCACCUGUGGGGCAGAUGUGCCAAAACCCCAUCUACAUGCAGAAGGAAGGAGACCCAGUAGCCUAUUACAGAAACUUGCAGGAAUUCAGCUACAGCAACCUGGAGGAGAAAAAAGACGAGGAGCCAGCUUAUACUAUAAGUGCCAAUGAGUUGCUAGAAAAACAGGCCGCAACCAGGGAGCCGGAGUUGCUGUAUCAGAAUAUUGUUGAGCGAGUUAAGGACCUCCCCAGUGCAGGACUAGUCCACUAUAACUUUUGUACCUUACCUAAAAAGCAGUUUGCCCCAUCAUAUGAAUCUCGACGCCAAAACCAAGACAGAAUCGAUAAAACCGUUUUAUAUGGAACUCCCAGGAAAUGCUUUGUGGGGCAGUCAAAACCUGACCACCCUUUACUGCAAGCUAAGCCUCAAUCAGAACCAGACUACCUCGAAGUUCUGGAAAAACAAACUGCAAUCAGUCAUCUGUGAAGGGAAAUGUUUACAAUCCUAUGGCAUCAAAGGAUGCUGCUCCAAACUGUUAGAAACAUUCUGUAUGUUUUCCAGUUUGUGGUCUCCCUUUCCCAGCAUCAGUGGGAGACUUGGAAAAUGUUUGGUGAUAGGAUGAAGCAAUUAUACUGUUUUUUCAAGCUUUCCUUUAAGUUAUUUUUCUCCUGCCCACCCCCCACCCCCAUUUUUUUCAUUCUCUCCUUAGGAAUCAUCACUGAACGUAUAUGUUUCUACAAUGAA